GACGGCAGUUGGGCCUUGUGCGUCGCCACCGAUUCGGAAGGCCGGUACCUUCCCACUCGCUGGAAUGGCUCCCGCACUAUCGAUUACGGCUUUGUGAAGGGCAGGCUCCGCUGCAGCGGCGCAUCGCUGCAACCGGAGGUGUACGGUGACCACAUCCAGCUGAAGUGCGUCCUGCAGGGGGGUCACAGCAGCCGAUUGGAACAGCGCCGUCUGCGACCACUACGUCAGGGUGACGACGCUGUCCCGCCGACAUCGGCGGAGGAUGUGGAGCGACAGUGGGAGAGCUUCAACAGAGGCCUUGAACAGGCUUUCAGCGGCGCCCUGCAGCACCUCACAAGACGACAUCGGCGUGGGAGCGGACAUCGAUCCAAGGGGACACUGGGCCAGGCAGUCAACGAGCAGGAGCAUGGCAGACUCUUCCAGAACACUUCGUCGUUCAAGGAGCGCAAGCUGGCAAAGCUGCUGGGACGCAUUCGCGAAACCAUGCGGAGCACCACCCGGAGAGCUGACAGAGAACGGCUGGACGGCGCUAUACGGCGCACAUGGCCGGGGGAUACUCCGCGUCCUGCCACGAGAGCACAACAAGAGGAAGUCAUUGCUCGGCUCUUAGACUCUACCAGAACGCAGGACAGGCGCGACCGCGUGAGGGAUUGGAGGGAACGCAUGAAGCAGGGGGGCAAGCCGGCCCACCAGUGGAUUAAGCAGGGCGACAUCACAUUCCCUACCGGGCUUUUCAGGCGCAACGAAGUGGCGCACACAGCCGAGGACAAUGUGCAGUUGGUGGCGGCGCACUGGCAACAGACGAAUAGAGCGGACGUCACUGCGGAGGAGGUGUUUGAUCAGUGGAGACGGCCCCUUGGACCUGCGCGAGAACCCUGCGCGUGGACAAGCUUCACUGCAAGCGAGAUUCAGGCCGCCCUCAAACGGGGCGGAGCUGCGGCCGGCAUCACGGGCUGGACGGCUGAAGAGGUCCAGCGCAUCCCUCAUGCGGCAGUGGAGGACUUUACAGCUCUGCUCAACGGGUGGCUCGGCUUCGGUAGGGUCCCGCAGGCUUGGCAGGAACUUCGCAUGGUGGUGCUGCCCAAGCCGGGCAAAGAAGUCAGGCAAGAUGGAACCAUGGACGUUGCUCAUCUGAGACCGAUUUCCAUUGCGUGCAUUUUCUGGAGAGCAGUUCCUGCGGCUUUCUUGCAGCGGCAGGACACACAAGCCUGGAUACGCAGCUGGGUCCCGCCCGAAUGCCAUGGAGCCCUGAAAGGUCGCAGCACUUUCACGGCCCUCAGCGAGCUCGAUCGCGCGAUCAAUGGGGCACAACAGACCGUGGCCACGCUCGAUCUCCAAACAGCAUUCGACAACCUGUUCCCGGCUGCGGCGGUGCGCAUGCUCAGCUUCUUGGGGCUACCCAGGGUUUUUGGGCGCAUCCUGAGCCAGGUCUGGGAGAAUCAGCGGAGAUGGCUCAUUUGGGGCCGGCACUGCAGUAUGCAUAGCUAUGCAGCGGGCCUCAGUAUGCCACAGCGGGAUGCCAUGGCUCCCUUGGCGAUGAUCGCCACCCUGGCGCCAGUGCAGGACGUUCGGCGGUGCAUCCCGCGACUCCGGCAAGUGCUGUUUGUGGACGAUAGGACUCUGCAUGGACCAAGUGCGUUGAUCGUCACCCAAGGCAUACAAUGCUGGGCGAGCUGGUCUCAAAGAAUGGGGUGGCGCGAGAACUUCGAUAAGCUUCACAUCCUUACUCGGACACAGGCGCAAAGGCAAGACUAUGCUGCCACGGACUACGCGGAGUACGUCAAGGAGCAGGUCCGCAUUCUGGGAGUGGAUUUCACUAGUCAUAGGACUGCAAAGGCGAGAGCCACACUCGCGGAGCGCAGGGAAACCGCCAUGAACAGGGGGAAGCGCAUCUCAUGUAUGCCGGUGGCUAGGGAACUCCGAGUCCGCUUCUGGCGUGCGCUUGCAGGAUCCACGAGCUUAAUCUCCAUCCUUGAGGGCAACCACAGCGACCUCAACUUCAAGGCAGGCCAGGAUGCCUACGCAGCGUUGCGUCGUCAGGGCGCCAGGCUUCGCUGGCAGAUGGAUCCUCAAGGCGUUCAUCUGCAUAGGGAGCUCCAUGUGCUCCGUGAGAGUUGGCGGGCCCAUUCCUUUCGUGAGUUUCUGGAAUCCAACCGGCGAGAUGCAACUGGUCUGGCUUCGCAGGGUGCCGCAUACCACGAGGCGCGGACUGAGCAGGCCCGUCGGGCGUACGGCAAUGGCAACAGUCAUGAAAGAGCAGUUCUGAUUGGGGCAGCGCUGUCGGACGCUUUCUACUGGGAGAACCCGGCCGGGGCCACUUGCAGGUGGUGCGCGACCGGAGCUGUGCCGUCGUGGAGUCGUGGCAACGUUUGGCGUGGGAAUGUGAUGGCUUCGCUGAGGGCCGACCCGGCAGAAUGGAUGGGACACGGCGGCACUCCGCCACAUGAGCCGGAUCAGGGCAGCACUUCUGCAACAGUGCGGGGUGUCUAUGGGCGUGCGCCUCUGCGGGGGACGCGUCAAAGCAAGUUCCAAGUCCAGUGGGCGUUUUGUACGGCCGGGGCAACUAUCGUGAGUGGUGGCGUGGCGGAGCGUGUGAAGAGCCCCACCUAUGCAGUGUACGCCUUCUGCAUGACCAGCUUCAUUUAUGCGGUUGUGGUUGCAUGGACAUGGGGCUACGGCUGGUUGGACUCAGGAGGCCGUUGGUGA